AUGGCACGAGGGAGAUGGAAACGCAAGGUCCCGCUGAACACACCGGGAGAUCUUCGACAGCAUAUUGGAACCUGCUACAAUGUGGACUGUGUGUGCAAGUCUUCUGGGCAUCAGUUUGCAAAGCUGCAAGAAGCUUGCAGCCUAGUUACAGACUCUGUCCUCGACCUCUUAGGGGAUGCUGAGGCAACUGUUCUAGAGCAGGCCCAAACAAUGCUCGGUGAAAGCUGGCUUGUGUACGAGAUCGACGGUCCAACCAUUGCCAUGGGGUGCAAGGUGUGCAUGUCAGAGAAGGGCUUCCAGUUCACCACGAAAGACUCCUGUACACUACACAGGUUGAUGAGGCAUGCAUCGGGACCGGAGCAUCAACGAAACGUGUGCAAGUUCUUGGGUUUCGUGGUGCCUAAGCCAGCCUUGGAGGUGCAAUGGCCGGGACAAGAGGCCUUCUUGAAGGUCUUUAGACAGCUUUCGAACGACACCAGUGACCGGCGCGUGCAGGGCGUUUCUGCUGAACGCAAGACAGCUAACAUAGAAUGGUGCAUCGUGGAAGCUGCCCGACACGUCUGGAGAGAGAGGCUGCGACAGGCCAGCUUUGUGUCUGUGCUCCGGGAUGAGCGUCACAAGAGAGUCUUGAUACGUUUUCGCUGCGUAGACAAGGACUUGAAUCUGACCCAUGGGUUGCUUGGCCAGCUCAAGGACACCUACUCCAGCACCGCUUUUGGUUUAGUCCAGGCCACGUUGCAAAUCAUCCGGGAUAUGUGCACUCCGGGCCUUGGAUUGCCUGGGAGCACUGGUGAAAACUUGACGUGUGACGAGGACUUGGUGCAGCACGUGCGCAGGAGUGUCCUGUCCACAACCGUCGACUCGGCCGGUAACGAGGUGGCCGCUGUAGUUGACUCGGCUGCACCUGUUCUGGCCAGCAGCCUGCUUCUUGAGAAUGGGGAGACACUUUUCCCUUGUCACAAGCUGCUUGUUCGAGACAGAGCUCAUGGCACCCGACGUGUUUUGGAAAGGCCGUGGAAGGCUGACGACUACUUGGACACAGUCGUGACAUCCUUUGUGACGGGCCGGUCCAGCAUCACACAGCUCAUACAACACAGCUUUGACUUCAAGCAGUGGUACGUUGAGGCCACCGGUGCAUCUCAGAGCAAGGCGGUUUCCAGCUCUUUCAAGACACUGCGGGCUGCCCUUCACAGAUACGAAUCUCUUGUAACUCCUUUAAGCCGCUUCGUCCUGGACCUGGAAGCCAUUUUGUCCGUGGCCACGCGCAUCGCGCGAGAGAGGUCUGGCGAGGUAGCGGGGCGGUCUGCGGCAUCUUUCUUGGCAGCACUGGAGCCUGAAAUGCUGCUGACAGCAGCCAUGUUGGCUGAUGCUGGGGACGAGGGCCUCCAGCUCAUCAGAUGGUUUGAUCAGGAUGAUUGCAAAAGUGACUCAGCCAUGGCGAAUUCUCGGGUCAAACAGUUCUUGGAGUCUGUGCGCCUGCUGUUUGUGGAAGAGCAAGUCCUCAAGUUACGUGGGCACACGCACGUGAUGUUACGAUGGCUCUCCACUUCCCAUGUCUUGGCAUGGGGGUCUGAGGUGAAGUCUUUGGGAGGCCCCAUGGCUUGCCCGCCAAGAUUGCAGCAGCAGUGUCUUCAGCGCCUGAAAGCAUGGGUCGCCCUCGCUGAGAAGGUGCUGGCUGCCGAGUUUCCCGAGUUCGAAGCAGUUGCGGCUAUGCACGUCUUCGAUGUGAGUGGGGCACGCGCGGAGCUGGAUUCGCUGGGUGCCGAGGACCUUCGCAAAAUACCGCAGCACGUAGCUGCAGAUCUAACUCGUAUAGCCCAGACGUUUGACUGCGAUCCAGUGUGUCUCCAGAUGGAAUGGCUCGACUUUCGGCCAAGAGCACGCUGGCAUGCACAGCAAGCUCGCUGCACCAACGUUGUGGCCUGGCAGAAAGCCCUCAAGGAAGUCCAGAGCCGACGCCAGACAGCAGAGAACCAUCCCUGUCAGCACCUGCGUGAGAUGCUGGCUGUUUACGCCAGUAUUUGCAUAUCAGACUCCGUGCUGGAGCGGUCCUUCUCUCAGGCGGCAUCUAAGAUUCCAGCCGAGGCCAGACAUGUGCGCAGCCACACAGAGAGUAUCCGCAUGUCCCUCCUGGCACUCUCCGAGUCCGAUAUCUUGGACAAUGUGGACCUGAUGAAGGCAAUCUGGACGAAAUACUUUCCUUCUAGCCGGUCAGGUGCCUUUGAUCGCAUCGAUCGUGGGCGCAGGAAGUUUCCCAAGCAAGAAGCUUCGCACACACAGGGCGCUUUUCUGAAAGCUCGCAGAGAAGACGUUGUGCAAGCCAAGGCGGGUCAGGUGGACCUCAUCAGCCGGCCCAUCGUCCUCGAGGACGAUGUUUGGACAGAGGGCCACAAAAAGGAACAGGAGUUCAACGACAAAAAGCGAAAGAAGCGGAAAAUCGAGGCACUCAUCGCUGGCUCAUUGCUUGAGUCGGAGAUUGAUAUUGGGCUACUCGCGGAGUCAUUCGACUUCCGCAAAAGGACCGAGGCAAACCGACGUCAAAGACACCAGAAGGAAGCGCGCUCUGUCCUGGACAUAUCUGCUGGUCGAGUGCCGACCCAUUACGACGUGACAGAUCUGAGGGUCCAUGUUGCAGAUAGAAGGCGCACGGCGCUUAUGGAUGCUCGUGCGAUUCAGCUUCGGUGGACAUGGGUGGCAGACCCAUGCACGGCAGACUUGUUCCUGACGGACAUGUCUGGCUUUGCAAGCCAAGUUCCCGUCCUGGAAAUGUGGGUGGCAGCCCUUCGUGGUUUGUGGGUGAUCGAUGCUUCUUGGGCAGAAGCCGAGUACCACGAUUUUCAGGGUGCAGCUCUGAAAUUUGUCAGUGCUUUGUCUACACGACGGUUCCUCUGGAUAAGUGCCGAUUUGACUCGAGAACAGGGGCCACUGUGCCGGGUGUUGAGGUCCUGUGCACAAGGCCCUGAUUCCAAGUGGUCUCUCGUCGACGAUAUCGAGAUCUGGGUGCAGAAGAAGCAGGAGUUGACCAACAAACGAAUGGCAGCGACGGCCGUGGCAGCAGUGACUCCGGAAGAAGUUGAGCAGUAUCAAGGUGUUCCGCAUGUGUUUCAGCUAGCUGACUUCUUCCAGUUUGCUUGCCGGCUUGACAAGCAGAGCUCCCGCCUCAAUCUAUCGGGCAUGUCUUUGCUUAGAGUGCCAGAACCCGGUAGCAGCAUGCCCAAGCGAGCACGUGAAGCCUCUUCCAGUGCCUCCAAGCCGGAGGGGAAGAUACUGACCUUGGGAGCAGAUUUCGCAGGGCUAGACACGGCGGCUUUUGCUCUCCAGCGGUUGAAUAUCCCCUUCAAACAUUCCUUCAGUGCAGACUUCGACAAGGAUGUGCAAAAGUUCAUCCAGCAUCACCACCGACCGGAGCACCUGCUGGGCGACGUCCGUCAACGAGACUAUGCGGUCGAUGUCAAGUCCCCGCCUUCAGUGUCUUUGUAUGUCGCUAGCCCCCCGUGUGAGCCAUUUUCGUCUCUAGGCAAGAGAGGUGGUUUCAAGGAUGCCCGGAAUGGCAUGUGGAAUGCGCUCGACUAUGUAGUCUCUAAACUUCCGGAGGCAGUCCUGCUAGAGAAUGUGCCCCAAAUUUUGGAGCACACAGAUGACAUGGAGGUGUGGUUUGCUUGUCUUCAGGCAGCUGGAUACACAUACAAGUGGACUAUCUUGGACACCAUGCAAUACGGUGUCCCUCAGGCUAGACGCAGAUUGUACGUGCAAGCUGUCCGGACCGAUUGCCUGCAGCAUCCGCUCUCGGUACCUCCGACCCUCCCUAAGAAUCAGAGGCUCAGCAGGUAUUUGAGAAGGCCCGAUGCGCCAGCGUUUCGUGCCUUGCCAGACCAGGAGGCGCCCGCUCGCCGAGUACAGUGUGUCCUGGAGAAACAAUGCAGUGCCGGAGUAAACCCGUUUACUACUCCCGUGGUCGUCGGUGCUUGCUGCUCGGACGCUUGGUCUCAUGCCUCUGUGGACUUCUGUAUGACACUUACGAAAAGUGCUUGCAGCCGUUUCGGCCACUGGCUUACCUCGGAGGGACGCUUUCUAGAUGUGCGUGACUAUGCCGUGCUGCAGGGAUUCGACCCGGACAAGCUCGACUUCGUGGGUGCUAAGAUCUCGCCCAGAGCUGCGGGGCGCAUGCUGGGCAAUGCUAUGUCACUCAACGUUGUCGAAUCCGUCCUUCCACACUUGCUCUACUCAGCAGGAUGGCUGACAGACUCCGAAUUCGCCGCUAUGACCAAGAGUGUCCAGCAGCGGUGGAUGUCUAUGAAAUGA